AUGGCCGUAGAGCACCAGCGUCCACCUCCAGUAAAACCACAAGAGCUAUCGAGAAAUCUAACGAGAAUCGUUAGUGGAGUUGGAAAAGACGAAAACAAUACAACGAUAGAUAACAUUCCUUUUCAUGAAACCGGUCUUUGGGGUGCUACAACUGCCCUUCUAUGGAGAACAAGUGAAACUCCCUCAAAGGACAGCAACACAGGCAAAGAACUUGACGGGGCACAUAGACCUGGAGACCGAUUCGGCGGUUUUGUGAACAGCAAUGGUACAAAUUUCAUUGUUCAGGAUCUGGCGCCUGGAGCAGAGGUCCCUAUGCAUAGAAGCAACAGUAUCGAUUAUAUAAUAAUGAUCAAAGGCGAAGUUAUAAGCACGGGUCCCGGCGAGAAAGAAGAAUUUCAUAUCAAAGAAGGUGAUAUUCUUGUUCGCAAGGCGAACACGCACGGUUAUCAGAACCCUGGUCCGGGCUGGGCAAGAUAUGCGGUGGUGAUUCUCGAUGCUGAGCCGGUUGUUGUAGGCGGAGAAGUCGUGCCAGAGACACUUCCAAAUUUUGACUCUUCAACCGCAUGA